AGUGCUUUCCUUUAGGAUUGCAUUUGCGGCCGAAGCUGCCUGAAGCCCGGCGAGCGGUGCUCCUUCCCCCUCGCAGAGAGAAGCAGAAAGGUAUGCGAACGCCGUUUGCUGAGAAACUGUGUCAGCCUUCCUCUAAUUAAGAGUCUGGCAGGAGCCAGCKCAACAGUAAUUUUGGAGAUGACGCUUCCAGUUUGGAGCUGACAGUAAGCCGAGGUGCUGYGGCAGGGGCUCGUGCUGGGGAUGCGGGAAUGUUCUCCGGCUGAGCAGGACAGGGGGACCCACGAGGAGCCUGSUGCAGGAGCAGAGGSUUUGGUGGCCAGGCCUGUCCCGGAGAGCUGGAGAGCCCGUGCCAAGGAUUGGCUGUGCCGGCCCGGCGGCAGCRGCUGAGGCGGCUGCCCUUGCCGAGAGAGCAGGAAGAUGAGCGCAAGUCCAGCACAUCUCCUGACCACUCUCUUCAUGGCAGCGGCAGCCGUGGGCUACCCAUCACGGCGCUCUGCCACCGACCUGGAUGCCACCCCCAGGACAACAGUCACCUUUGAUGAGCUGUCAGCAGUCCGGYGUUUCAGCGCGCACACCCUCAACUACAGCACCCUGCUGCUGGAGGACGACCGGGGCAUCCUCUACGUGGGCGCCAGGGGAGCCAUCUUCGCCCUCAACUCCAGUGACGUGGCUGACGGCUCCCACCGCACGAUCCACUGGGAAGCCUCUCCAGAGAAGCAGAUGGAUUGCCUGCAGAAGGGCAAAGACAACAAGACCGAGUGCUUCAACCACGUGCGGUUCCUGCAGCGGCUCAACAGCACCCACCUCUACGCCUGCGGGACCUACGCCUUCCACCCGCUCUGUGCCGCCAUCGAUGCCAACAGGUUCACGCUGCCAUCCCACUUUGAGGAAGGCAAGGAGAAGUGCCCAUAUGACCCUGCCCGUGGCUACACCGGCCUCAUUGUGGACGGAGGCUUGUACACGGCAACACGCUACGAGUUUCGGAGCCUCCCUGACAUUCGGAGAAAUCUGCACCAGCGGCCUCUGAAGACGGAGGAGUCCCCGYUGCACUGGCUGAAUGAUGCUGAGUUUGUGACAUCUGUGCUGGUCCGGGAGAGCAAGGACAGCCCCGUGGGCGAUGAUGACAAAAUCUACUACUUCUUCAUGGAGCGGGCAGGAGAGGAGACCACAUCCUUCUUUGACAAGAGUCAGGUGGCCCGAGUGGCCCGGGUGGCCCGUGUCUGUAAGAGCGACAUCGGGGGGAAGAAGAUYCUGCAGCGCAAGUGGACAUCCUUCAUGAAGGCACGCCUGGUCUGCUACAUCGCCUACUACGAGGUGCUGCRCAGUGUCUGCAGCCUGGACGGGGGCAGCUGGGCCAGCACUGUCUUCUAUGCUGCUUUCACACUCUCGGCACAGUGGAGGACUAUGGAGGCCUCGGCUGUGUGCCGCUACAGCAUCUCAGACGUACAGCGUGCCUUCGAGGGCCCCUACAUGGAGUACCAGGACUGGGCUCGCAAGUGGUCCCGCUAUGACGGUGUGGUGCCCGAGCCCCGGCCUGGCUCUUGCAUCACGGACCACUUCCGCAGGAAGGGCUACAACUCCUCGCAGGACCUGCCCAACAAUGUCCUGGACUUUGUCAAGUUGCACCCACUCAUGUUUGAGGAGGUGAAGCCAGCCGGUGGUGAGCCACUCCUGGUGAAGAAGAACGUGGUGUACAGCCAGCUGGCUGUAGACAGGGUGCAGGCCCUGGAUGGCCACUCCUACGAUGUGCUCUUCAUGGGCACGGGGGAUGGCUGGAUCCACAAGGCUGUGGUGAUGAACUCUGGCAUCCACAUUGUGGAGGAAGUGCAGGUGUUCAGGGACCAGCAGCCYGUGGAAAGCCUGGUGAUCUCCCAUGUCCAGAGGAGCCUGUAUGUGGGGGCAGCCAGCGGGAUUGUGCAGGUGCCCCUAGCCUCCUGYGCCAGGUAUGCCUCCUGCUACGACUGCAUCCUCGCCCGGGAYCCCUACUGUGCCUGGGAUGGCCGGGCCUGCCGUGCCAUCGCCACCACAGACAGCACAGGGCUGGUGCAGGACAUUCAAAGUGGCAACAAGGGAUGCCGGAGCGGCUCUGGACGGGUGCGUGUCCCCACAGGCUCCCUGCUGUGGAAGAACCGGACGGUGCUGCAAGGGGACGAUGUGCUGCUGCCCUGCGACCAGCGCUCCAACCUGGCCCGAGCCGUGUGGCUGCUGAACGGCAGCGAGGUGCUGGGCACGGGGCAGGACCACCUGCGCGUGGGGGUGGAUGGGCUGCUGGUGACGGACACGCUGCCCCAGCACAGCGGCGARUACCGCUGCUACGGGGAGGAGCGGGGUCUCUGGACACUGCUGGCUACCUACAUCCUCACCGUGCUGCCCGAGCUGCCCCGCAGYCCUACGGCUGCUCCAUCGCCCCACGCUGCCAGCCAGACGACCAACGACAUGAAGGUGGCUUACAUCUCUGCCAUCGUCACCUUGGUGGUGCUCUGCACCGUGCUCAGCAGCAUCCUCCUGUACAUGUCCUGCCUGGAGAAGCGCAAGGGCAAGUAUGUGCUGAGGGACUCACGGCCGCCCAGUGUGGAGCUGCAGACAGUCUCAGCCAACUGCCUGCGCAAGGGCCACCGGGAGGAGGAGGAGGAAGAAGGGCUCACCUACCCCGAUGGCUGCCUGCGGAUCAUCCCUGGCGAGGCACCCACGGCUGCCACCUCCCCAGYCAAGGAGCUGCCGGCUGCCGUCCCCCCGCUGCCGCCCCCGCUGCCGACCGAGCUCACCAACGGUGUGGGGGCUCUGCCCAAUGUCCUGCGCAAGAUGAAUGGCAACAGCUACAUGUUGCUGCAGCAGCAGGAGGAGCCRCUGGUCUCCCCGCUCUACAGCGCAUCCUUCACCGAGGAGCUCAGCAAAAUUCUGGAGAAGCGGAAACACACGCAACUGGUGGAAAAGCUGGACGAGAGCUCCGUGUAGGGGCCGGGGAGGGGGGUCCUGCCAGUGGGACCCUCCUCCCCUCCAGCCCCUCCUCCCACCCCUUGCCAGCAGUGUUACAAGACUCAGGCAAAACUACCUCCUGGAUGGCAGAGCUGGGCCGGGCCCAGGCAUGGCCAUUCUUUUGGCUUUUCACUCACUUUUGAGACUUGCUGUACAGACAAAAAAGGAAAAAGUAUCUAUUUAAAUUUGGAGCUCUAUUUAUGUAUAAAAUCUCACUGACGGUGGCCACAAGCUGGAGAUAGGAGCUGGCACCUGGCUGAAGGUGGACACCAUGGGGAGGGAGAGUUUCUGUCUGUCCAGGUGUGAAAUGCUGUUGUGGACGUAUGGAUUUGGCCAGCCCUGCUGGGCAUCCCUCAGCACACAGGAGCUGAACAGCUGCWGAGAGGGUUUCCUCUCUGGGAGAGGAUGGUCUGGCGAGGGACAAGAGAUAGGGCAAGGAGCUGAUAUCCUGAAUACCCUGGAGCAGCUGGUGAAGGGGCAUGUGCACACUGUGAAGAGGCCACAGGUGAAAUACAGAGCUGGGUGCCCUGGGGAGGUGGCACUCCCAGGGGCCUCCGACCCUGACAGGGCUCUGCCCCUUUUCCCCAGGGCGCUGGAUGCAGCAGCAGGCAGCAAGAUGCACUGGCAGCAGGACUGGCAGCCAYCCUGUGCCCUGCAAUGACAAGGGACCAGCGCAGCAUCCACAUGCUCCUGACGUCUGCAGUGCCCCUGUGGCCCCAAGCACGUGUUUCUGCCCUUCUGUGUGGUGCCUUUGGAGAACUGGGGCUCAGGCACAGCCCUCCCACCUAYGGGAUAACGGUGGGCAGGGAAAUGUCCUCACACAGUGAGGAAGAAGAAUCUUGGACAGGGGACUGCCUCCCUCUGGAGCCUUCUCUUCAUGGCACUUUCUAGGAGCAGCCACGGUCCCUAAAUCCUCCCACCUGUUUUCUGCUUCUGCCACCUCCUGGGGGAACCUGAGAAAUGGGGAUGACAAAAGCAUCUCAUUCUCCAGGGACAGUGUGGUGACACUGGAGAAGCUGGGGAGGGACAGACUUGUGGGGAUGCCCGUCCUCCCCCAUGUUCCUUGCUUGCACCUCCAUCAUCAGGACAUUGCCAAGGGCUCAGCACUGCAGGAGAGACACGAGAGGGAAACCCUGGGGUCCCUCAURAGCUACAGCCCAGGCCUCCUGUUCCAGGAGAAUGAGGUUUGGCAAGAAGAAGCAAAAUAUGCACACUCUCUCACCCUGCCCCAGUCCUUGUUUUUGCUGCAAGAAGGGGGCGUGAGCCACCCCGAAGGACCACCCCAACCCCCAAGGAGGAGCAUCACUCUGUGUCUGGCACUCCUCAUGCACAGCUCCACUUUCCCCCCAGCAAUAAACACGGCUCUGUCUGGA